AACUGUAAAUAGAGUACCAUUAAAGUUUAAAAUUAACAUUUUGGAUUGAGACAUUUGUAGUGAUAAAAGACUUUAUUCUAAGUCGACGGUAGUUUCGAGUUCAAUAUCUAAACAAAUUUUAUCCCUUUGUCUUUGCUAAAAAAACUCAAACUCUGUUUAAAUGUAUUGAUACAAAAUCUUAAAAUUGUUUUGAUAUUUGAGAUUUGGUAUCGUGGAGGGGAGGUCGAGUCAGUCUGAAUUGGCUUGUGAAGUGUCAUCUGUUGGCAAUUGAUAAAUCGUUUAAUGUGUCAUUGGUGGAUGUUUUAUCUUUUAAUUUUAGAGAGAAUUUGAGUGCUUGAGAAAGCAUGAAUUAGAAAGGUUGUAAGUCCUUGUUGAGUGCUUGAGAAGACGGACCAUGCAACACCGAUUAAUAGUGUUCUUAGUGGGAUUUUGUUUUCUAACUUUGCCUUCUAAUGGGAUUUUGUUUCUUUAACUUUGGAGAAAGCACGACCUGAAGAGUUAGCAUAUGUUCAAACCUCGUUAAGAGAAAUUAUUGAGAUUCUCUUAGUGAGUAAUCGUAGGCACACACGCAUGGUAAAGUCAAGAGAUAAAACCCGGUCAAAGACGAUAGCCGAAAUGUUGAGGGAACUUUGCCAAUCUUUUGCCUUAGCCUUACCCUUUGAUGGUGGCCACCAAUUGUUGCUACGGUUCUUUCAGAUAAUAUUCAACAGCACUGCCACUUAAAGUUGGGUACUGCAGGCUAAUUAAAUCAAGUUUUUAAUGAGAAAUGAGCUCGUUGCAGACCUUUUUAGCUCCUCCACUCUCCAUUUCUUUCUCAUCAUCGAACUCAAAGCCCCGUUAUUCACCUCUCGAAUCCCUAGAAACAUGCUCUUCCAUGGCCCAACUCAAGCAAAAUCAUGCCCACCUCACCAAACUCGGCCUUUCCUCCGAUAACGAUGCCAUGGGUCGCCUCAUCAAGUUUUGUGCUUUGUCUAACGACGGAGAUUUGGACUACGCACUCCACCUGUUCGAUACAUUGCCUCAUCCGGAUGCUUUCAUUUACAAUACCCUCAUCAGAGGUUACUUGCUACGGAAACAAGCUGCCGACUGCAUCGUUCUCUACUUGCGGAUGUUGCAAGAUUCUGUUUUGCCUAAUAAGUUCACUUUCCCUUGUCUCAUAAGAGCUUGUUCGGUUGAUGUUGCUGUUGAAGAAGGGGCUCAAAUUCAUGCCCACGUCUUCAAAUUCGGGUUUGCUAAUGAUGGCUUUUGUCUGAACAAUUUGAUUCAUAUGUAUGUGAAUUUCAAGUCUUUGGAAAAUGCUCGGAAGGUGUUUGACAAAAUGCCAAGGAGAGAUGUUGUUUCUUGGACUACUUUGAUAAGCGGGUAUGCCCAAUUGGGUCUUGUCGACGCCGCGUUUGAAGUUUUCGAGUGGAUGCCGGAGAGGAAUUCCGUUUCUUGGAAUGCCAUGAUCGCUGCUUACGUGCAGAGCAAUCGCUUUCACGAGGCUUUUGCUUUGUUUAAUAGGAUGAGGGCUGAGAAUUUGGCGCUGGAUAAGUUCGUGGCGGCUAGCAUGUUAUCGGCAUGUACUGGGUUAGGAGCUCUUGAGCAAGGCGAGUGGAUACAUAAAUAUAUCCGAAACAAAGGGAUCGAACUAGACCCGAAGCUUGCUACAACCAUUAUUGAUAUGUACUGCAAAUGUGGGUGCUUGGAGAAAGCUUAUGAAACUUUCAAGGGUCUCACUUAUAAGAGUAUUUCUUCAUGGAAUUGCAUGAUUGGGGGCUUUGCAAUGCAUGGAAAAGGAGAAGCUGCCAUUUCCAUUUUCAAGGAUAUGGAAAAACAAGGGAUCGUUCCCGAUAACAUCACCUUCAUAAACAUCCUUAGUGCAUGUUCGCAUUCAGGGUUAGUUGAGGAAGGUCGCUAUUAUUUCCAGUACAUGACUCGAGUUCACGGAAUUGAACCCAUGAUGGAGCAUUAUGGAUGCAUGGUUGAUUUGCUUGGAAGGGCUGGAUUACUAGAUGAAGCCAAAAAGCUAAUUGAUCAAAUGCCAAUGACUCCUGAUGUAGGUGUACUAGGUGCUCUUUUUGGCGCGUGUAGGAUCCACGGAAACAUCGAGUUAGGUGAACAAGUAGGCAAGAGAGUCAUCGAACUGGAACCGAACAACAGCGGACGCUACGUGUUAUUAGCUAACUUAUACGUCAAAGCCGGCCGAUAUGAAGAUAUGGCUAACGUGAGGAGAAUGAUGAACGUGAGGGGAGUGAAGAAAGUCCCAGGCUUCUCUGUCAUUGAAUUAGAAGGCGAAGUUAACAAGUUCAUAGCAGGAGGAAGAGACCAUCCCGAAAGCAAAGAGAUAUAUGCCAAACUCGAUGAGAUGCUGGACCGUAUUCGAGCCAUUGGGUACGUUCCUUGCGGUGCUGAGGGAGUGGUAGAAGAGCUUGAUGAAGAGGAAGAAAAGGAGAAUCCUUUGAACUAUCAUAGUGAGAAGCUUGCCAUUGCCUUCGGUUUGUUGAAAACAAAAGCAGGGGACACUUUCAGGAUAACGAAAAAUCUUCGAGUUUGCAGAGAUUGCCACCAUGCUAGCAAACUUAUCUCAAAGGUUUUUGAUCGUGAGAUCGUUGUUAGGGACCGGAAUCGGUUUCACCAUUUCAAAGAUGGGGAGUGUUCCUGCAAGGAUUACUGGUAGUACUAGGUGGUGUGCUUGUGGCUGUUAACUUAGGUGUCAACAGUGUGUGUAUAUAUAUUGUAUCAAUCUGAUUCGAUCUAGCCGAUAACUUAUGUGUUAAAAAAAACUCAUUUGAAUUUUAUAUGGAGUAUUAUAUAUAUAUAUCAGUUUUCACGUUGCUUUUCUAAA